ACUCCCAACAGGAAGUUGUACAUGGUGGACUUCCGCACCAGAGGAGCUCCCACGUGUUUCUUCAUCAGCGUGCGGUUUGCUGGUGUUAAACAGCGAGCUUAAAAAUCGACUCGACCAGGGCUGUGUGCUGCUUUUAUUAGAGUAACAUGAGUCCUCUGUGCGACCGCUGCGGCGAGCACGUCGACAGACUCAAUCAGCAGGUUUCUGUGAUGAGGAAAGAGAUCAAGAACCUGAGACAGAUGUUGGACAGUGCAGUCAGAGCUCAUCGCAAACAUAUGACAUCUAUUCAGACUGCUGUGUCAGAGCUUGGACUCUGUGAACCUGAUAAAGACCAGAAACCAGCACUGCCUGCACCAGCAUCAUCACAGGCUGCAUUAGAGAAAGGAAACAUCCAGACAGUCCCGAUUGGUUACAUCAGUUCCUGUUUCUCUGUGAAGAAUGGGACCCCCAGACAGCCCACCAUUUGUGGCCCCUCGAGGGCAGAACUGCGCAUCCAGCAGAGUGUCUUCAAUAACCCUGAGCACGCUCUGGUGGGCCUGGAGCAUUACUCCCAUGUCUGGAUCAUCUUUCUCUUUCACAAAAAUGGCCACCUGAGUUACAAAGCCAAAGUGAAACCUCCCAGACUCAACGGUCAGAAAGUUGGUGUGUACUCAACACGCAGUCCACACCGACCAAAUGCUUUGGGCCUAACUCUAGCUAAACUUGAUAGAAUCGUAGGUGAUACAAUACAUCUGUCAGACAUUGACAUGAUUGCUGGUACCCCAGUCCUGGACAUCAAACCCUACAUCCCAGAGUACGACUCCCCCCAUACCAGGAUGGGCAUGGACUCACAGCCUUAUGAUUCAAACACAGACCAGCCUACUGCGUCACUAGAUGAGACAACAGAUACGUUAAACAUCCGUGAAGACGCAGAUGCUCAGUCAGACCUUGAAUGUGAAAAACCUGAUGAUUUCGGCAGUAAGGAGUGUGAAGCUGAUGUUCCGGUCACAGAUUCAGCUAAAGUCUGCGCUCAGUUUUCUCUCCACAAAGCGCUGGAGGGCGUCAAAGCAUACGUGACCCAUGAUGACCUGCGCCAGGUGAGCUGUGAAGGCAAGGAUCAAGUUUCAGACUCUCCCAAAAUAAAACCACCAGAGUUGACAGCAGAGCACCCUUGCUAUGGAGAAGAGGCCUACAGCACCAUUGCUGGCUGGAUCAGAGAGCCUCCUGUUGGGAGUCUGGAGGUGCGCUUCACCCCUCAUGCUGAGAGAGAGUUGGCAGAAUUCCUUCCCACGCACCUGUCAGAACCCUCUGAGAGUAAGAGACCCAGGUUCAAGUUUCUGCGCAGUCCAGAGGAGGCUGCCGCUGCCAUCAGAGGGGUGCUGUCAGCCGACCCACGGUCAGUCUACAGGAGGACACGCUGCAAAGACAAGCUCUUCUUCUUUACCCUUGACACAGCAGACGUCACCUGCUGGUUUGGACGAGGCUUUGCUGAAGUGCUGCAGGUCCGACCAGUUGAGCAACAUGUUGCUUCGAGCUGAGAAGCCCGCUCGGUGAAAGUUUAGGAGCUGGAAAGACUCGCAUGUGCAGAGAAACAAAAUCAGAGGCUGUCUAAUGUUCCUUGACUGACAAAUGUGUGUUUCAGGGUUAAGAUCGUUUAGACUCAAAAUCAGACAUAUAAGAUGUGGGAAGUUUAAUUUUGUGUAAAUAGAUUAAAUAAAAGAUU